GGAUAAAAGCCGACUAUGUGAGCCACUUCUGUUCUGCACUAACGCAGGGUAGUGUUGGAGCUCCAUCCCUUUACCCUAGCCAACCAUGGCCAGCCCUCUGCGUUCCUCGCUGCUCCUGCUGGCCGUCUUGGCCAUGGCCUGGGCUGCGACCCCCAAACAAGGCCCGCGAAUGUUGGGAGCCCCGGAGGAGGCAGAUGCCAACGAAGAAGGCGUGCAGCGAGCGUUGGACUUCGCCAUGAGCGAGUACAACAAGGGCAACAACGAUGCAUACCACAGCCGCGUCAUACAGGUGAAGAGAGCUCAAAAGCAGCUCGUGGCUGGAGUGAACUAUCUUUUGGAGGUGGAGAUUGGCCGAACCACAUGUACCAAGUCCCAGCCAAAUUUGUCUGACUGUCCUUUCCAUGACCAGCCCCAUCUGAUGAGGAAGGCACUCUGCUUCUUCCAGAUCUACAGCGUGCCCUGGAAAGGCACACACUCCCUGACAAAAUUCAACUGCAAAAACGCCUAAAGGCUGAGUCUCAAGGAUCAUGCCGAUUGUCCCUUACUCAUACUCCUUCCCUAACUCCUUCCCUAUAGUGUUUCAUCCCUCAGAAGGGUGCUCCAGCUCUGGAGGGCACAUCCAGUGUGUUUGCACCAGGAGACAGUACAGCAGCUGCUUCAGGCAGGUUCUGUACAUCUGAACAGCUGUCCCCUGGUUCCACUCUUCUUGCAGUACCUGUCAUGCUUUGCUCAAUUAAAAAAUUAAAAAAAAAAUAAUCUGGC